AUGAUGUCGGAUGACUACGUGUAUCAGGGAUUUGACAGACAACAUGCUGUCGCUUUGGCAUAUUUCGACGUCCUUGAUCGCGUGGCUACUAUGGGCAGAGAUUUGAGGGAGGUCAUUCGUCCUCCUACAGCGGAAAGGCCAGCUCUAUUAGCACUUCAGUCGAUUACGCAAGUUAUGAGCAAAGCGGAUUGCAGCAAUACGAAACUCCGAAUACGAAGCAAAGGGAAGCGGCGGACGACAUUCUUGCCGCUCUGUACAGAACUAAAAACCGAUGCAUUUUCAUAG